AUGAAUCAAGCAAACCGACCCGAGGUACAAAAGGCUCUACUGCCUCCUCACUCCCAAACUCCAACUCCCUCAAACAGUAGCUCUUUCGAGGCACUCGUAAUGGACCACACCGUCCCCUUUGACUUUUAUUCCUUCAUGCGUACGGGUCGCUUGACGGUGGCCAUGGAAUCACAUGCAGAUAUUUGGGAUGUUUUCCCCGGUGCAAGUGUCACCCGCUAUUUUGACGGCACAGCAGAACUCCAUGCUAUUUCGCAGCCAGCUGCUCUGAUGCACCUAGACUCAUUUGAAAUCACAUUCCAGUCUAGCGAUCCAACUUGUUCCGUCAAUGAAGUGUCUACCUCGAGUUCAUCCCGAAUCAAUCAAUACAUCUUGUUUGAGGCUCCAGAGCGGAAUCCAAACGCUUGCAUUGCUGUUUGUCGCUUCCGCAUUGUCAUACCCGACACUCUUUUCCCGUGGACAGGUGGACGAGCACAAUUCCGUAUUCGUGUUUGCGCGUUGUUCAACGUUUACAACCCGGAGCGUGGAGCCCGAACGCUGCAACGCGGACCUGAAUAUGUGCAUCAUUUCUCGCUGCAGCUUCGCACUUCCAGGAGGGGGUUGCCUUUCGGCCCUUGA